UCAGUACUCCAGUGAGAAAGAAAGUAGUUUAAGAAGAUCUAAAUACAAAUAUAACUUAAUCGAUCAUGGCUGACGUGAGAGGAGGAGGUAAGGGCUGUAACGAGGGCUGUGGUUGUGCUGUACCAUGCCCUGGCGGCCAAAGUUGCAGGUGUGAGACCAGCAGCGGAGGAGGAGACAGGGAACACAUGAAGUGCUCAUGUGGAGAACACUGUGGGUGCAACCCAUGCGGGUGUUCCGAAGGUAGCCAAGGAAGUACUGGUGUCGGAAAGGCUCACUGCAAGUGUGGUCCUGGAUGUGGCUGUGUUAAGUGUGCCUCUUAGAUCGGACGUCGCUCUAGUUCUGAGCCAAAUAAAAAGGAGCAAA